AGGCACCGGCGUUUCUCGGCUCAGUCGAUCUCAACUUUACAGUGCAAGUGCUUGUGUUAACAAAUUAAAAAAAAUAACAAAAUGUCUGCAUCACCGAUCGCGAGACAAGCUACGUCCAGCCAAGCUAUCCCAUCCAGGAGAGUCCUGAUUACGGACCCGGCGCACAUGCCCGAUGUCUAUUCCAGCACUCCCGGGGGCACCAUCUACUCUACCACACCUGGCGGUACCCGUAUCGUGUACGAGCGAUCUUUCAUGAUGUCGCUCAGCAAAUCGCCAAUUUCUCAGACACCACCGAAGUGCUCUCUACCAGCGGCCAUGAUAAAGACCCCAGGGUCGGUGCCAGAGAGGAGGAUGGCCACCCAGAAGCCGAGGUCAAACUCCAUCUCUUUCGACGAAUCGCAGGAAACCUUCAACAUGGACCUAUAAGUUUCAGUGCCGAGCUGCCAAAAAAAAAAAGAACUGUCAGUGAUAGAAUUCUUAAUUUAGAAUGCUUAAGAUAUUUUUGCAUUUAGAACAUAGAGUUAAUGCGCAAAUUAUGAAAACCCAAAAUUUCUAGUCAGACUUGAAAUGCGCGGUUACAAUGCUAAAGAACUGAGUUGAUAUUUUAUUACCUAAGUAGUUUAUAAAACUCGUCUUUGCCACAACGCAAAAACAUUCGAUAUUUAUUUAUUAGGUGGUCGAAUACUUGAUACUGCCAUUCGGCUAUGUCAUUAAAUUGUUAAUUUCCGUUUUAUGAAUUACCACAAAAUGGUGGCAAAAACACGUUGUAAAUAUUAAUGAGUAAGAUAAUUAUGUAAACAGAGUGUGACUCAGUACUACGAUUUUGUUAUUUUACUCCAACAUUCAUACAUGUCCGAUGCAGUGUUGGUAAUUUAAUAUAACAGCAAAAUGGUAUUUUCAUAAAAUGUCAAACCAGCUUCAAAUGCGUUCCGUUCGUUUCCGUUUGUUUGUUUCAUAUGAAAAUACUUUUUUGCUGUAACAUUAGAUCCGCACUUAAUCGAAUUUGUAUUAAUAUUAGAUUAAAAUACUAGAAUCAUUUAUGUGCAAAUUUAUUUAAAUCGAGGAUGAUUGUUGUGAUUUUCUUCUGGCAAUAAAUUUGCUAUAGCAAGCAUCUCAAUAUAUUGAGUGAUAUUAUAGGCUUAAGUUAGAUUAGAUAGAGUUAAGGAUAAUUAUUGUUAAUUGGUUGCUGUUAUAUCUAUAAAUUCGUAUGUUUCACUUAUCUGUGCCUUCAAUAGAAUAUUACUAGUGUCUCUAAUGAAAAUAGGUAUCUACAUAAAUUAAUUAUUAUUAUAGUUUUUUGAAAAUUACAAAAAAUAUUUUUAAAACAUUACAACGAACUAGUGGUGCCAUCUGUUCUUCCAAGAGUUUAACUCUAAAUUAUUUGUAAACUUUUUCAUAAUGAUUUUUUUUAUUGUAAAAUAAUAUUUUAAACGGAAAUUGUAAACACAUAUUUAAUACUUAUUCCAAUAUAUUAUGUACAGUUUACAUGUUUAUUCCCUAGAUAUAAUAAGUCAACCAUCAACAAAUAAAUAUUGUUAUACUCACAAAG